AUGGACGGCUUUGACCUGGCCGAGGAGGUCCAGUGCUGGGCGUCAGACGACAUACAAGGCGUGCAAGACGAGCUCGACAGCACGACGAGCCCUGCAACGAUCUCAUCGCGCCUCAACGACCUCAUCCUGUCACUCGCAAGCUCUUCAGAGCGUGUCACUGACCUCAAUGUACUCUCUGAAGCAAAGACGCUCAUCAAAGGCGUAGAUCACCUCACUCAAGCCCAGCAUUUGCAGCUACUGGACGGCCUUUGCUCAGCCUUCCUGAGCGAGCUCGAUUCGACCGCGAAAGACUUGCAUCCGUCCGAGCAUGAAGGCUACCGAGCCCAUCUGCCUGCCCUAGAGAUCUACGCCUUCCUUGUCAGUGUACUUGUCGCCGCAACAGAGAAAUCGGCGAGCAAGAAGAGCAGGUCAGAUCAGCCAGUAGUAUCGGCCAGGGGACGAGGCAAAAAGGCGACCGCAUCUGCCGGCAAGAAAUCAGACUGGACAUGGCAGACAAGUAUACCCGACGUGCUAGCUCUUUGGGCCAGAGUUCUCCGACUCAAGACCGAACGGCUGUGGUCGAGCACAAGCCAGCGGGACACCUUCAUAGGAUGCAUAACCCGACCUGCGCAUCAGCUCGCCGAGUCGGAACUGUACAUGAAAAGCUCCGAGAUCCGUAUGGGCUACUACCGCGUCAUCUCGCUCGCCGUCAAGUCCCACGGCCAGGCCUUUGCGACACAGACACAGGUCAUCCAGAGCUUGCAGUACUUUGAGCAUCUCAGCGAUCCGAUGGCAGAUUUGCUGGCCGUGCUCGCAAAAGAGUUUGAUCAUACUCAAGUUGCCGAAGAAGUGCUGAGGCAAAUCGCUGCAAAACAAUUCAAUGCACAAGACACAAAAGGGCCACGCUCCUUUUCGCGCUUCUUGACGCGUCUAGCAGAACUCUCGCCACGCAUCGUACUGAAACAGAUCAGCACGCUCCAAAAGCAUCUCGACAGCGAGUCCUACCCAAUGCGCAAUGCAAUCCUCGAUGUUCUCGGCACCCUGAUCAAGGAGUUGUCAAAUUCGGAGGACGGCGACCCCGAGCAGCAGAAGAAGCAGCUCGAGGCAUUCUUUGACCUGCUCUUCGAACGCUUUCUCGAUCUCAAUAGCUACGUCCGCAGCAAGGUUGCCGGCGUCUUUCUGCGCAUACUUGACCUGCCCACCAAAUUCCCCAAGACCAGGCUGGAGCUCACACGCAUGGCGACAAAGAUGCUAGAGGACAAAUCCAGCGCGGUUCGGAAGAACUGUAUCAGUCUACUGAUCAAGCUCAUAUUGACGCAUCCUUACGGUCGCAUGCACGGCGGCGAGCUCGCAGUCGCCGACUGGCAAGCGCGAUAUGACGCGAUCACGAAAGAGCUUGAGCCCUUUGACGCGCCUACGAACGAGGCCCAGCUAGCUAUGCAAGACGGCGAAGAGGCAGCAGGAGAGGCUGCGAACCACGCAAACGGCGUGCCGGACGGAUCGAUAGCUCUCGAAGCAGAUGCUGACACGUCCAUGACAUCUCAAAGCUCGCCUACAUCUGCGAGAGAUACGAGAACCGCGGAGACCCCUGCCAAACGGCCCCGAAGAUCAGAUGGCAUGGACAUUGCCGCAAUGACGCAAGAUUCCGCUCUGGCGCAACUCGAUCAGGAUCAGCUCAAUAAGCUGAGACUGACGAAGCGCUACUAUGCCGAUGCGCUUGCUUUCAUUCAUCAUCUGAGCCGCGCAACCCCUGUUCUCGUCCAGCUCAUCGCAUCUACCGUCAAAAGCGAAGUACUCGAAUCGAUGGAAUUCUUCCGCAUCGCAUCUGAUUACAAGCUAGAGGACGCUACGCUGGGGAUCAAACGAAUGCUGCAUCUGAUCUGGGCAAAGGAUAACUCGACGAUGGAGGACGGUCAAGAAGUCAAGGGAGUUCGGUCGAAGCUCGUAGAGUGUUAUAAGACACUCUUCUUCGACGCCUUGCCAGAUCUCAUCCCCAAGGACAACGUCAGCCGCAUUGCUCGCAACCUGAUACAGUUGACCUUUGCCGCUACUCUUGCAGAUUUGACUUCACUUGAGCAAUUGCUCGCUGUCAUGACCGCCGAGAAGCCACUUCACGACGAUAUCAUCAACAAGCUUUGGCAGGUCUACAGCACGCCCCGCGAGAUCCCUCGAGCACAAAGGCGAGGCUCGAUCAUCAUCCUUGGCAUGUUAGCAGCGCCCAGACCAGAGAUAGUCUCGGAGCGCAUUGAUUUGAUCCUUACUAUCGGUCUCGGCAAGCACGGCAAAAGUGAUCUGGUUCUCGCCAAGUAUUCAUGCAUCGCGCUCAAGCGUCUCGGCGGCAGUCAGAAGAAAGUCAAAGGCUCACUCGCUGACAAGAGCAUCCGUUUGCCGAUGGACGGACCGAUUUUCGAACGGCUCCGUGAAGCGCUCGAGACCCCAGCAGACUCGCAAGAAUGGUUCUCGAUGGCAGAACAAGCUUUGAACACGAUCUAUGCUCUGGGCGAACAGCCUGACACGCUGUGCUCCUCUGUCAUUCGCCACAUGACUGUUCAGGUCUUUGGACUGCACAACCAGCCAGACGUUUCUAAUGAGCUUGCACAAUCGACGGAGCAUGUUCGAUUGACUGGCGAUGCCUUCAGCCUUGCCAGACUGAUCUUCGUAGCGGGCCAUUGUGGGAUCAAGCAUCUCAUCCAUCUCGAGCUUGUAGAACGCGAAUUUAAGCGUCGCAAAGCAGAAGCGGACAAGGCGAGCGCGAAGAGCAAGACAGCCAACGAAGAGCUCGACCAGGUUGCAGGCAACGUAGAAGACGACAUUGGCGAUAUCGUCGCGCAUGCCCGAGAGAAGGAGCUGCUCUACGCACCUGACGCUCUCCUCAGUAUCUUCGCGCCAAUGUGUGUCCAGAUCUGCUCACAGCCGACCGUCUACGACCACGAGCCAUUGCAAAUCGCGGCGGCGCUGUCGAUGAGCAAGUUCAUGUGUGUCAGUCUGCAAUUCUGCGAGAAGCACCUCAUGCUGCUGUUCAAGAUUUUCGAGACAACGACUAAUCCGAUCGUUCGAAGCAACAUUGUGAUUGCGCUCGGCGACAUUGCCGUCUGUUUCUCGGCUCUCAUGGACCAGAACAGUGACAAUCUCUAUGGUGGUCUGACGGACGCAGAUCUGACGGUCAAGAAGAACACGCUCAUGGUGCUCACGCACCUCAUUCUGAACGGCAUGAUCAAGGUCAAGGGCCAGCUGGGUGGCAUGGCAAAAUGUCUGGAAGAUGAAGAGCCUCGCAUCAGCGAUCUCGCUAAACUCUUCUUCUCGGAAUUGGCGACGAAGGACAAUGCAAUCUAUAACAAUCUGCCAGACAUCAUCUCCAAUCUGUCGACGGGCAAGCAGGGCAUAAGCGAGGAGUCUUUCAAGGUGACGAUGAGGUUUAUCUUUACGUUCAUCGACAAGGAAAAGCAAGCCGAGGCGAUCGUCGAGAAACUCUGCCAAAGAUACAAGCUCCUGACGGAAGCAAGACAGUGGCGAGAUGUGGCCUUCUGCCUGUCGCUAUUGCCAUACAAGUCCGAGCGUUCGGUCAGGAAGCUUGUCGAAUGCCUACCGCUCUACCGGGACGUGCUGCACGAGCCGGAAGUCUUUGCGCGCUUCACUGAGAUCGCAGCAAAGGCAAAGCUGAACAAGGCUGCAAAGAACGAGUCGGAUCUGACAGAAUUUGAGGCUGCGCUUGCGGACGCCAACACGAGGGGCCAAGAAGACCAGGCGGUCGUGCAGAAGGCGGACAAGAAGCGGAAAGCUGCGCCAAGGCGGCGUCGCGUCGUUCAAGCGACUCCUCCUUCUUCGCCUGAUUGA